AUGGCGCAUCUUUGGGCUCAUGGUACUCAUUUUAUCUUUGAUUUCGACGGAACAAUCACCACAGAAGACACUACCAAACUCAUUGCAGAUGUCGGAAUUGCCCAUCAACGAGUCCUAGGCUAUGAUUUGUCGGAGACAUGGGAGGACUUAGUCAAAUCAUACGCCGCUGACCAUGCUCCAUGCGUUGCACAAUACCUCCUCCGGAUGCCCAAGUUACUACCAUUGCCCGGCGCGAUUGGUGUGAAUAGAGCUCUGAAAGAAGUACAGUUGAGAAGCAUCGACCGUAUCAACAAAACAGGUCUGUUUGCGGGCAUUUCUAAAGAAGAGUGGGAAUCUGCUGGUAGGGUCGCUGUCCUGUCAGGGGCUGUAAAAAUCAGAAGAGGCUUCGGCGGGCUUGUGCAACAGAUAGAGAGACGAAAUGGUGUCUGGGGAGUCGUCUCAGCCAGUUUCUCGAAGGACUUCAUCAAAGGCGUUUUGGAACAGUGCCUCAGAAAGUACAUCGACAUACCCAUUCUAGCGAACUAUCCCGACGAAAAUGGCCUCAUCAGGGGUCCUUUGCUUGGGGAUACUGGAGUAAGCACUAUCUUGACGUCAGGGGACACGAAACUGUCCGCAAUGAAGCAGUUGCUCGAAUCCUGGAGACUCGACGCGGAUUCUAAAGCAGUAUAUUAUGGCGAUGAUGAUACAGAUAUUGAGUGCAUCUUUGAUACUUCUGUUAAAGGUGUCAUGGUGGGAGAAGAUGCAAGUACUAAGCUUAACUUAUUGUGCUCAAGAUACACAGAUACUCAGUCGGUUGGAGCUAUUCGAGACUUUGAAAACAUUGUUAUUCAUCCGGAGUAG